GCACUUUUAAAGGUGUAUGCCAGUCAAGCGUUUAUGUGCGUGUGUGUGUGCGUGAAGAAUAAGAAGAAGAUGAAGAAUAGUAGCAGGUGUGUUUUUGGGAAGUGUUAAAGUAACAAAUGUAGCGCAGGACAGCGAGGCUGGAGAGCCGCGACGGAUUGGCUGCUCACACACACACACACACGCACACACACACACACACACACACACAGGCAGGGGCUCGAGACACAACCGGGGGCAGGUCGACACGCCGAGGAAACCAUCACCGUUUCAAUGGAGAAAAAAAAGGGGCCGCUAGCCUCCCUGUCAAGAAUAUGUGCUCAGGUUUCUCGGCCUAGUGCUGCUGCUGCUGUUGCUGCUGCUGCUGCUGGGAUUUGCUGAGGUACUCUCACAUUUUGGGGGAAAAGGCCAUUUUGACUGCAAAAGCGCAGGUAUUUUGGUGUCCACCAGCGCAAGCGAUAUGUGAAUGAGGGACGGUAAAGGAUAAACGUCUGUGAGAGAAGAACCUCGCGCGAGCUGCCUGCCCUGUAUGAUUUCCAAAAAAACGCGCGCGCGUGGGCUCCCGCGCCGCCGUCGUGCGAUAUCUGUACCUUGUCUCUGUGGCAAGUAGCCAAUUCAGAUCCUCAGACCUUCAGCAGUCCUCCAGAAGAACAGAAACUCCUCAGUAUCAUCACAUGGAAACCAACAUCACCCAUCUGAAUCAAGGCACCCGGCCUCGAGCCCAGGCCUCAAGUUUCACUUCUACUAAGGACUACUGACUACCUUAAUGUUCCUUUGAAAAGCCUCCAGAGCUUCAGUUAGAACAUCCCAGAUCUGCUGUACACAUUGACAGGAUGAGAAUGAGUUGACUCCAUGGUGCUUUGAGCUUUCUGAAUCAUCUCGGUUACAAAACAUGAACACAGCUUUGCCUGACACGAGAACUGACAAUAACGCACACAUGUCUCCUCCCAGUCCAGCCUUCAGUCUCGAUUCUUCCAGUCCGUUUGCAAAUGGCUUACACUUUGAGUCCAUUUUGUUUGAGGACGAGGAGGAAGACGACGACACGGGCCCAAGGACUUCUGCUGAAAAGCCGCGUAGCAACCCUGUAAAUGAUAUUUCUACAUCCACAAACCUGAAGCAAAGGCUCAACAUUUCAGAUCGACACCACAGCGUAUCUAAAGGCAAACGCAGGACGAAGGCCUGUAUGUCAGCACAACAAGAUGAAAACCGUGAGGAAGAGUUGGGGGCCGACUGUGAUCCGGUUUCUCUGGAGUGUAUCCGUGAAGAUGUUAAGCCGAUAAAGAAGUCAAAGUCAAAAGCUCAUCCACCAGUAAGGUACCAAAAAGGUGAAGUUAUAUGGGCAAAGUUCAACCGGAGGCCAUGGUGGCCGUGUCGCAUCUGUGUCAAUCCUGCGUUGGAAAAAUAUCACAGAAUAAAAGAGGCGAACGAUAAUCCGUGUCGUCAGUAUUACAUCAUGACAUUUGGGGAACCUGAGGAACAGGCCUGGGUCUCUGAGAAAGCCACGCAAAAAUUUGAGGGUGAAUAUCAGUUCUUCAGUCUGCCAGGCCCAAAGAGAGGGUUACCCAAGCGGUUUCUAAACUCUUGGAGCUGUAGUGUUGCUGAGGCUGAGGAAUAUCUCCUGCAUCUUUCCAACAUGCCUGGAAUUAGGUCGGAAUUCACAGACAAGAGCUCAAUUGAUGAAAAAACAAAAGGUCAAGAUGUCAAGGUGUCUAACUCCAGGUUGCUUCUGGGAAUUCCUGAAACCCAAGCCAAUGGGAACAUUUCAAAUGAAGACCAAAACUUCACGCUGUUGAAGUCAAAAUGCAAAAAGAAGUCAAGGAAGUCCUCAGCGGCCUUUUUUACAAAUUAUGACACGUUUGUCUGUGAAAAAACCGAGACAGAAGACAUAGUGGAUAGCCCUUAUUCCGACAUCGACUCCGUGCCGCAAAUCCGACGGUGUCCCAAAGGCAGCGGCCAACCCUCGCUGACCUGCACUAACGAUCGACCUGUAAGCAGCCAAAACGAUAAAGAAACAAAGAAAAAUAUCGAGGUCCAGGGUGGUCUGUGGUUCAGCAAAGCGGGCAAAGGACAAACCAGCGGGGUAUUUAGUCGUGCAGGAAUAAAAUCUGUUAAUUGCUCCUUUGGUAAGGUAUCGUGUAAGAUCAAAAUCCCAGAGUCGGCAAGUGUGAAGUCCAGAGACAACCAAGUCCCAGGAUCUGAACACCAGUCUGUAGAAGCCAAGAAAACUCUUGACAAGAGAGUCGCAUGUCUUCCAGCUAGCAGUCGAUUGAUGACUAGAGCACUGAAAGCGCUGGAAGACGCUCAGCUCCAGCAGCCGUCUAGCCAAGAACUCCAACAAACUAUGCCAAGUAGUGAAACCGACAACGACAUCACGUCGAAGGAAAAGACCAAAGCAAAAUUGACCCGCCAGAAAAUUUCAGCGGGACCCGAAUUAAAAGCAGACAUAAAAUCGGACUCAAAAGCGCCUGUAGAUCCGUCUGAUUUGGAAGACAACGAAGUGGCUGUCAAAUCAGAGGAAGAAUCUUGUUUGAUAUCAUCUGAACCGGUUGUUUUUAACGCCUCAGAACUGAAACAGGAGAAUCAAGCGUCUGAGGCGGUGAUGUUUUCUGCGUCGUCUCCAUUCCGUGUAAAUAUACAAGAUGGCGAAGACAUGAAAGAAAUAACGUUUAAGUCGCUGAAUACGGAAAAAAACGGAACGUCGACUCCAUUUCGUCCAGACGCAAAUUAUAAAUACAGCACGUUUCUGAUGCUGUUGAAGGAUAUACACGACAGUCGAGAAAAAGAUGGCCGACCCUUGGUCGUGGAACCAUUACCUACAAAAAAGCUCAUUAAAGAGGAGCCGUCAGUGAUUUCAGAAAAAGAUCUAAAUAGUCGUUCUGGUCAUGUUAAAGACAAUAAUGACCACUGCAUGUUGCCAGGUCUUAAAAAGUGUGGAGUGGGCAAAACGUCUGGUUUGAAAUCCAGACAAAACAAAACGAAUGCGAAGUUUGGUGCUGAGAUGGUCGCGGUUGACGGUUGUGUUGUUCAGCAGUGCAAGAGCAUUUCUAAAAAACCUAGCAAAAAAAGUCAACCUGCCUUAAAGAAGAGUCUUAAUAACAUUUACCUGCCUACCGAGGUGCCGCCAAAUCACAGCGUGUGUAACAGGAAGUCAGAGACCUCACAGACCCCGGGGUGCAGACUCCUCAAUCAGGACUUGGAGAACCGUUUUUUCGGCAGUGUACCUAAAAAACGCUGGCAGAAGUUUGAACAGGACAACGAAAAGGUGUCGAACUCAAAAAUCAAAAGUGACCAAGGACAAACGCUGCCUUCUGAACAGACAAGGCUCGUGGAGCCGGAUCCCGGUCCCAACAAGACAAGUUCACCAUCUUCCACAUUAGCAGCAGAGACCUCCGUAAACCCAGCGAACGUAACACUGAAUACCUGUGAGGUUUCUAGUUUCCCCACAGAGAGCAAACGUAUCAGAAAGCCUAGCAAAAGACUCAUAGAGUGGACAGAAGAAUAUGAUCACAUAUUUGCCACUAAGAAGAAGGCGAAAAAGCAACCGGAUUCCUUGCAGAAGGUUAUUAAAAACAGUUCUCUUAAUAUCACUGAGAAAUUCUCAGCUACACAGCAACAUCCAGAAGCAAUACCAUGUGCACCGAACCCCUUACCUGAAAUCCAGACUCCUCCCCCUGAAGAGAGGUCUAAGACUCCUCCCAUGAUUGAAAAUGCUCCAUGUCAAGAGAGUCAGGUUACGGCUGUAGACACGCUAACUCCGCCUCCAGAAACGGAAUCUUCCUUAUAUGGAGAAAAUUGUUUCAAGGAGCAGCUUCUGGUUCAGAAUUGUUCCACCACUGGUGAUGCCAUCUGUUUAAGUGCAAAGAGGCAAAGGAAGCCCACCAAGAAAAUUCUAGAGAGUUCAAUCGAAGCUGAACCGAUUCCGACGCCGAAAAAGAAGGUGAAAUCCCAGAGGAACAGUUCAAUAGGACAUGCUGCUUAUUCAGGCUUAGGACAAUCGAAAAGUAAGAGCAAGCAGCCUGCUGUAUUCACUCCUGAAGAGAGUGUCCCAGUUUCGGAGAGUACAAAGAAGGAGGCCGAGAUCCCUCCUGCGAACCCUGACACACUUAACCCUGAGACGACCAAACACAAGGACGGCAAAUACACUCCGGAAUCUGAGAUAUUUGACCCCGGUGAUGACUGCCCUGAGAUGAAAAGUGAAUCUACAGACAACAGACUGUCAGUGGAGAAAGGGAGUGGGGUUGUACUAAAAGACAAUGUUUGUCAGGUUUGUGAGAAGCAGGGAGAUCUGCUGCUGUGUGAAGGUCAAUGCUGCAGAACGUUCCACCCUCAGUGCGUCGACCUGACCGAGCCACAGAGCAGGAAGUUUCUGUGUCAGGAGUGCACCUCUGGCGUCCACGAAUGCUUCAUGUGUAAGAAGCUGGGAGGCGACGUGAGGCGCUGCAUGGUUCCUGCCUGCGGGAAGUUCUACCAUGGAGAGUGUGUAGCCAGCCACACCCUCACGGUGCCUUUAAACCGAGGCUUCCGCUGCUCGCUCCAUGCUUGUCUCGCCUGCUUCAUCACCAACCCAAACAACCCCUCCGUUUUUAAAGGUCCUCGUCUUUCAGUCAUGCAAAUGAACAUCAGGAACUACUGCAGCUACGGUCGACUGAUCCACUGUGUAAGAUGCCCCGUUGCGUACCACGCAAGUGAUUACUGCAUCCCUGCUGGCAGCAUCAUCUUGUCCACUAACACCAUUGUCUGUCCCAACCACUUCACGCCAAGGAAGGGCUGCCGCAAUCACGAACACGUCAACGUCAGCUGGUGCUUCGUUUGCUCGGAAGGAGGCAGCCUGCUCUGUUGUGAGUCCUGUCCGGCGGCUUUCCACCGCGAGUGUCUGCACAUCGACAUGCCCGAGGGGAGCUGGUUCUGUAACGACUGUCGUGCCGGGAAGAAACCACACUACAAAGAAGUGGUGUGGGUAAAAGUGGGUCGAUACAGAUGGUGGCCUGCUGAAGUUAGCAACCCAAAGGACAUUCCAGAAAACAUCCUGCGGAUGAGGCACGACGUCGGAGAGUUUCCGGUCCAUUUCUUUGGUUCCAACGACUACCUGUGGACCUACCAGGCUCGGGUCUUUCCGUACAUGGAAGGAGACGCCAACAGUAAAGAAAAAAUGGGAAAAGGGGUGGACUCCGUUUAUAGGAAAGCUUUGGAUGAGGCUGCGGAACGAUUCCGAGAACUGCAGGCAGAGAAGGAACUCCGGCAGCUCCAGGAGGACAGAAGAAAUGACAAGAAGCCUCCUCCUUACAAACACAUUAAGGUGAACCGACCGAUCGGCAAAGUGCAGAUCAUUACAGCCGAUUUGUCCGAGAUCCCACGCUGCAACUGCAAAGCCACGGAUGAGAACCCCUGCGGCAUGGACUCGGAGUGCAUCAACCGCAUGCUGCUGUACGAAUGCCACCCACAGGUCUGCCCAGCGGGGGAGAAGUGCCAGAACCAGUGCUUCACCAAGCGGCAGUACUCGCAGGUGGAAAUCUUCAGGACAUUGUCCCGAGGCUGGGGCUUGCGCUGCUGUCACGACAUCAAGAAGGGCGCGUUCGUAAGCGAGUACGUCGGCGAGGUGAUCGACGAGGAGGAAUGCCGGGCUCGGAUCAAGCGGGCACAGGAAAACGACAUCGGGAAUUUCUACUUGCUCACACUAGACAAGGACCGCAUCAUCGACGCCGGACCUAAAGGAAACCAGGCCCGGUUCAUGAACCAUAGCUGCCAGCCAAACUGCGAGACUCAGAAAUGGACCGUGAACGGAGACACCCGAGUUGGACUGUUUGCACUGGUGGACAUUGUUGCUGGCACCGAGCUGACCUUCAACUAUAACCUGGAGUGUCUGGGCAACGGGAAGACUGUGUGUAAAUGCGGGGCACCAAACUGCAGUGGCUUUCUAGGUGUAAGACCAAAGAAUAACCCCCCGGCAGACGAUAAGAACCGUAAGAUGAAGAGGAAAGGUCAGGCCAAGCGCAAGUCUCAGCAAGAGCUGACCAAGGAGCGAGAAGACGAGUGCUUCAGCUGCGGAGACAGUGGACAGAUGGUGUCGUGUAAGAGACCCGGGUGUCCGAAGGUCUACCAUGCAGACUGUCUCAACCUGACCAAAAGACCUGCAGGACGAUGGGAAUGUCCUUGGCACCAGUGUGACCUUUGUGGUCAGGAAUCUGCCUCGUUCUGUGAGAUGUGCCCCAGUUCCUACUGCGUGGAGCAUCGUGACGGCAUGCUCUUCAUCUCCAAGCUGGACGGCCGUCUGUCUUGCAGCGAACACGACCCGUGCGGACCCGAGCCUCUAGAACCGGGCGAGAUCCGCGAAUUCGUCCCGGAACACGCCAAUGCCUACCCGGUGAAACCUGUACCGCUUUAUCAAACCCCAGCAUGUCAAAGCAGUCCUCCUGCUCAAUCCUCCGACACUUUACUGAUGUCCUCCAGCCCUCCUUCCAGUCCGUCACUCGCAAUCGCUUUCAGCAGCGCGUACUCACCCGUAUCUUCCUGUGGGGAAGAAGACACCUCUGCGGACCAGGACGAGGACGCGGACGCGGAGGAGGAUGGUGCGAGAAUCAUUAUAGACGACACUGAAGAAGGCAGUCAGUCAGAAACUCGGUAUAAACGGGGUCUGAAAGUCACGCUGAGCGUAUGAAUUUCUACAGACCUGAAAACAACUGAUGUAGAACAUCACUCCAGAUUUCACUUCACUACAGAAACGUAGAACACAACCAGCCGUAGCGGGAAGAAGUCAUCGCCGGUGGAAUUCAACGCUGCUUAACAGGAAUAGAAUAAUCAACCCUGAUGGAUUGAGUCAGUUUUUUUUUUUUUUAUUCUGUACAUUUUGACCUUUGCACAGUUUUCGCAGUUCGCUUUUAGACGUGCGAAGCAUGAAACUGACGAACUCGUUACUUUAAAACGUGCUAUGUUUGGAAGAUGCUUUGGGACAAAAGGCAACAACAAAUUCACUUUUGUUUCUCGUGAAAACGUUUUUGCACUCACCACUUUUCUAUCUUGUCAGCAUGAGCCCUGGUUGGCCGGCAUAGAGCGAAAAAUUAACCCAAAUUCCCGUUUCUGUGCCUGAACCACGGCACGGUCGCUGUCCCGAAAGCAAUCCAAGGCGUGGUCUGCACUUACCACUUUAAAAACCACUUUUAAAAAAAGAGUCAGAUUAUUUACGAUACUUGCCCCUUCCACAGAAAAGACACUUAUUCUUUAUUUAUUUCCCUCUAAGAUAAAUCCUUCAGUGUCCUCGAGGUCAGGUUUUGCACAUUUUGACCGCACACAAAUUGUCAAAGAGAUCAAAAAAAAUCAAAAAGAUUCUUAAGUACAGAACUGAAGGGGGGGUGGGGGGGGGUUGUGCACCACCGACGCUGGAGAUGCUAAGCAAGAUAGUCUCAGACAUAAUGCCUUAUAAAUGUCUUCUCGUACCGAAACGGAUCACCGGUUGAGUUUAAAGUGCUCAUUUCUUUUUUAACACACUACAUUAAGAAAUUUGGUCUAGUGUCUGAAUCAGUUCCGCAGUAUUGUGUUGUUUUUGUGGUCUCAUAAUUGCUGGCCCUGUGUUUCAGUCGAGGCAGUGGUUUGCACUCCUGAGAUAAACACUGUAGUGCUCUGAAGGCAGCGUGAACUCCAAUAUCCCUUUUAUUCCGGAAAACAAAGGAAAAGUCCACCCUGAAACACAUUACAUGUGUUCACACUGAAAGAUUUCUCAUGCCCCCUGUGAUGGACUGGCGACCUGUCCAGGGUGUACCCCUGCCUUUCACCCAAUGUGUGCUGGGAUAGGCUCCAGCAGAUCUCCGUCACCCUAAUUAGGAAUAAAGCGGUUAUAGAAAAUGGAUGGAUGGAUUUCUCAUGCCUUUUAGCUAUUGUUGGUUUCCUGUGAGCAGUUUAGUGCUUCAUUUUGAUUUCCAGUGCAAUAAUGAAAGGAGAUGGAAAAACAGCGUAGAAAUCUCGCACAUAACUCGAUAACAUAACGGUCAUUGACAUAACGGUCAAGUUUCACUGCUAGCUCUUAGAAAUAAGAGCUUAUUUUCUUGCCGUUUUCUCCAUGGAUUGAUUUGUGAGAAAUCCUGUCAUGGGGACAUGUUGGUGCAACCACCAGCAUCCCAGAAUGCAGUGCAGCAAUACCCAGCUAGCUGGAGAAAUUGAAGACAUUUAAAUUUACAAAAGCUUCGAAACCUCUGUCAGUGAAUACAUCAAUACUGGGUCACUCGGGCAUAAACUGAAGAUACCAUGAGUCUAAAACUGUUGUGACUCUUUUGUAUUGGUAAACAAACGCUAGUUUAGUUUAGUUGACUCAAGCUGCUUGGACAUUUAGGGGACGUUCAUUCGCCCACUUAGCUGGCAGAACAGAGAAGAGUCUUGAUGCAUACUUACCUUGUAUUGUGAGAGAUGGUGGGACCAGUGGAGCAGUGAGCGUUAUGGCACAGACACCUGGUAUUAGCAUGAAAUUUGAAGCUUUAGAAUCUUCUCUGUGUGAGUUAGGGUUAGGGUUAGUGUACAGAUGUGGAGGUGAGAGCACAAGACAGACUGAAGUAGUAAAGUGCUGCUGCAUCGCUCUCUUUAGAUGAAGCAACUGUCAAACGGCAUGGGUACACUGCUAACAAGUGAAAAUAGAACAUGAUGAAAAUGAAUAAGCCGGUGGUUCAGGGUGGAUUUUUUUUUAUUUUCCUGGCUUCAUGUUCCGCUAUAUUCUGAAAUAUAAAUGCAUAAUUACUAAUCAAGUCACGGCUAUCUUAAUCAGGGAGUCUGGGGCUUCUUUUUAGAGCUGAACUGAACUGUAAUAUCCACUUAACCACCACUUUAUUAGGAACACCACACUAAUACUCCUGCUUUGCUUUCAGAACAAGGUGCUGGGGAAAUUUCCCUUUGAUAUUUUUGCUUCAUGGUGAAAUCAUCUAUGAUUUGCACAUUAAUGCUGCUAAUCUCUCGUUCUACCAUGUGACUGAGGAGGACUCUGAACUCAUUGUUUAAUUGAACCCAUGACAAGGUGCAUCAUCGGGACAGAAGUGUAGACCUCAAAAGUGGUGGCCAUAAAGGGAUACACAUGGUCAGCAACAGUACUUGCUUGGUAUUAAGGAGCAUCGAUGGGUACCAAGUAACCAUUACACACCUUUACAACUUUACACUACCACCACCAGCAUGAACUGGUGUCACAAUUCAACAGCAGACCCUCUGGUCCUGCAGCAGAAAUCGAUUGUCAUCAGAUGAGGUGAUGGUUUUACAAUCUUCCAAUCAGCUGUCCAGAUUUGUGAGCCUGUGCUCAACGUCUGGCACCAACAACACUAUCAAAGUCAUGGCAAUCAUUAACCCAAGACUCUGUCUGGAGGAGACAACUUGAUUCUGCUGCCACAUGAUUGGCAGGGAUACAGGUGUUCCUAAUAAAGUGGUCAGUGAGAGUAUAUUGGUAAAUAUUUAUAUUAUGAGCACCAUACAGAGUGCUGAUCUUAUGGUGAAGAUUGGAUUAGAUAUGUAUGAUUCAUCACUUGGCUUGACUGUGGUUUUCAUCGUUUUUUUUUUUUUUUACUUCUGUGGUCCAAUGCGCACAAGGUGUUUGGAUUCAACGUCCCACUGCUGAAACAUUUUAGAAGAACUCGUACUUGUGCUUCUGUAGUUUUGCACUGGAGGCUAAUGGACCACCAGCUCGCAUUGUGCAGACUGAUCUCAAAAUGUCAAGAAAAUAAUCUAAAAAAUCCUAAGACAAGGAAGCGAAUGCAGGCUGCAAUCAUAACUCAAUAUAGAUAGCUGCAAGCAGUGAUUUAGGGGGCCAAGCACUUUUUCGCUCCACCCUUCCUUAGUGGCGGAGGAAGACCAGAAGCCAACCGGACAAUCAGCAUUUACUCCCAAGGAGAUCUUUUAAAUUAAACGCAAAGCAGGAAAAGAUUAUAUCCUCACUUCCAGUUUUCGGAGCCCUCUCAAAGUGCAAAUGAAGAAUUUCUUCAUUUUAGCUCAUGCUGCUAAAUGUGUCAAAGUUUGUUGUCAAUAUGCAAAAGUCUCAUGAUGCUCUGAAACAAAUUUCAUGAUUGUCAUGCAGAAUUUGUAGAAGAGAAAAAAAAGUUUUCACUUAUUGUCAAUUUCAAAACUUGAAACCUGCUGAACAUGAAUUCUCUUCCCGCGCUUUAGUGCUUGGCCCCCUAACCAUCACGAAAUGAUUCGUCUCCCUGCCUUCCGUCCCUUAUUUAUUUCAUUCACUACAAGAAAACUAGCGUCAACCAUUUUAAACUCUCAUAUCAAGUUUUAUUCUGAUUUAUGCUGACACAUAAGCAGCAGUUUUACUCAAGUCCCCGUCAACUGCUCAGUCCUGUCCAUGGCCAGGUGGUUAGCAUUGGCUUCCACGUUAGCAUUUAGAGCACGUGUCACUACUUGAUCCGUACCGGAAACACUCCUUGUCUGAAGUUUGACGGAAAUGAUUUACGGCAGUUAAUUUAUCAGGCACUUAUUUAUAAUACUGUUGUUAUAAUACUACUACUACUAAUAAUAUACAUAGAACAAACAAAACAAGGCACAGGACAAGUACACUAUAGUGUUUAUAGGAUACCGCAUGAUCAUGAACAAAUCAAGCAACAAAGAAAGAAGAAGAAAAGAAUUAAUACAAAAAAAAGGGGGGGGGGUCAGGGGGCUAGAUGGUGGCUUAGUGGUUAGCACUGUUGCCUCACAGCAAGAAGGUCCUAGGUUUGAACAGGAAGGGGCCUUUCUGUUUCUGGGUUUACUCUGGGUACGCCGGUUUCCUCCCAUAGUCCAAAUACAUGUACAUUAGGUUGAUUGGUAAUUCUAAAUUGCCCAUAGGUGUGAGUGUGAGUGUGUGUGGUUGUCUGUCUAUAUGUGUGGCCCUGUGAUGGACUGGUGACCUGUCCAGGGUGUACCCCUGCCUUUCGCCCAUUGUGUACUGGGAUAGACUCCAGCAGAUACCUGUGACCCUAAUUAGGGAUAAGAAGUUUUAUUCCAAUUUUUUUAUGCAUAUGCUUUACUGAAAGGAGAACAUUAUUUUCUAGAAAGGUCUGGUCUUUAGGGUUUUACAUUUGUGAAUAAAGAACUUCCCGAGUAAUAAAAUGACAUUUACAAGAAAGUCAGCUUUAUCAGGCAUACUACUAAUAAUGUUGUGUUAUCGGCAGCAAUGGUGUGUAUGCGCAGAACAAAACCAGAGUCUCCGCACAAUCGUGUUUCCGGUCCGGAUCGAGUAGUGAUAGUACGUGCUAUGCUAUAUGAACCGAGAUGUAAAAGAUGCAGUUUGAACACCGAACAUGACUAAAUGACUAUCUUGUAGGGUGAAAGUUUUGCACCACCUGCUGGUAGAACACAAACCACACCCAAAAUGUGACCAAAAUCCUUACCAUUUCCCAGCACAUGUCCUGCUGUUGGUUUACGGAGGUUUCAGAAAGUGGCUCAUCCCGAUCGAUGAACAGGAACAAAAUGGCUGAUUCGUUGUGUAAAUUUGUACAGUAAUGCUCUAUAUUAAAGUGACAACACAAGCAGGAUCCUGGAGCUCGCUACAUGGUUGGUGUACAAGUCACUGCAGAAAUUUUUACCGUAACCAUUUAUAGUUUUUCUACUCUUAACCGGGGCGAAGAGUCUUAACCGAGCCGAACGCCUCGCUUUGCAUGUCUUGCUCUCUUGUAGCUACCACUUGCAAACGUGCAAAAGCGUAGAGAUGUAGCGCAGAGAUGCUAAUCCAAUGGUCGAGUGUAGUUGCGCUUUAAAAAUGAUCGUCGCACUGCUUUGGAUCUGAAUGUUAGUAACUUGUACACU